AUGCAAACGAACUUGUUUGAAGUUAACGACAAUCUUCUAGCGACACUUCACAUUGAAUUUCUAUUGGUUGAUCAGCAAUGUCAAAGCAUGCCGUAUGCGAAUCAGCCCAGUGUUCAAGUAAUUGAAUUAACCGAAGAUAACAUCAAAUUCGUUAUUGAAAAUACGGAUUUGAGUGUUGCGAAUGCCAUACGUCGUAGUAUGAUCGCUGAAACGCCAACGGUCGCCAUCGAUUCAGUUCACAUCGAAUCGAAUACAACAGUUUUAUUCGAUGAAUUUCUUGCUCAUCGUAUUGGUCUCGUUCCAAUAUAUUGCGAAGAAUUAGUUGAUAAGAUGAUUUAUCAUCGGGACUGUUCCUGUGACGAAUUUUGUCCACAAUGUUCAGUAGAAUUUACACUCAAUGUACGAAAUCAAGAAGAACAGACAAAGAAUGUGACAUCGGCUGAUUUGAUACCGAGCAAUCAACAUGUGAUGCCAGUUCCAACAAAAGCUAAAAAUGAUGACGAAGGACAGGAUCGUUUUCUCGAAGAUAUUCUCAUCGUCAAACUUCGCCAAGGUCAAGAAUUGCGUUUGAAAGCUUAUGCACGAAAAGGCUUUGGAAAAGAACAUGCAAAAUGGAUUCCAACUUGUGGAGUUUCGUUCGAAUACGAUCCCGACAAUGCUCUCCGGCAUACAGUUUAUCCAGUGCCGGAGGAAUGGCAUAAAUCGGAACAUUCUGAAUUACUUGAACAUGAACAGGAAGCUCCAUUUGAUGCAAAUAAGGUUCCAAACAAAUUCUAUUUCAAUGUAGAAUCAACUGGCGCGCUCAAACCAGGAACGAUCGUUUUGUCUUGUUUGAAUGUUCUGAAACAGAAAUUGAGUAAUUUACAAACAUUGCUCAAACAGGAACCGGUUGAAGGAUUGUAA